AACAAGAGUCGCUAGUGAAACGGUAAUGGCCAACAUUGAAGUUUAUUUCUGAUAAAUGGCUCUCUCUAAAGUGCAAAAUUUUACCUCCAUUCUCGGGAACAAUGCUAGUGAAAUCAUUAAGCUUGAAAGUGGUAUCAAUAUGUACGACUCACCAGGAAAUUUAGCGGAUAACAGAUGCAAUGAGUACAAUCCAUGGAGUUACGAUUUAAUGAAUAGAAAUACAAAUCAUAAGAUGCCUCUUGAUGAUGAAGAGACUCAAGAUUUGAAUAAUUCAAUGGUAAACGAUUUAGUAUCAAAAAUUUUAGAUGACGAGCCAAUUAUCAACGAGCAAGCAUGUUACAUCAAUCAUUACAAUGGUAAUUCUGUUUACUCUCAAAGAGAAAUAGAUAAUUAUCAUAUAAAAUCUAACGGCAAUUAUCAUGCAAAUUAUGUAAAUAACAAUGCUAAUGAAUCAUUUAAUCAAACAUUACCGAAUUAUCAAAAACCGAAUUUAUUUGGACAAGAAAUCGACAGCCAAUACAAACGUGAUUUAAUUGACGUUUACAAUGGUUUAGAAGAUUUAUGUCUGAACGAUUAUGCGAUUAGGAAUGAUCGACGAAAUGAUUAUCCAAAUCAUAAAACAAUUGAUUCAAUGAAAAAAGUGAUUAAUUCUAACGAUUACUCCAUUAAUUAUAAUCCAGUCAACGAUAUGCCACGCUUUAAUUGCGAUUUACCACAGCCUACUAAUAAUUGGAACGAGACUUUAAAUUCUGAUUACAACGAUGAUAUUUUUGAGAAUUAUUCACGACUUCCGACUCCAAAUAAUUUUGAUCUUAACUUUAAUACAAUUAUGCCGCCACUGCACGAGCCGGAGAUUCUACAAACUGAUAUGAGCACAAAUCUAGCGACUUCCGCACACAUGGCGCCAUUAAUGAAUACACACGAUACUUACAAUGCUAUUAAUUGUACCAGUUAUCAUCGUCCAGGCUCUGCUAUGACUGAUUUCAGUGGUGAUUCUGGAUUUCUAUCUAAUUCUUCACAUCAGCAUUAUUCUCCAGCAGAUUCUACACUUCAACAAAACUUUGUUAAUAAUUAUCAACGAAACUACGAAGAAAUUCAUCAGAAUUCUAUAUUAAAUGCUGUUAAUCUACAAAUGCCUCAACAAAACUUGGUUUCAGGCCGUGGAUUCAGGGUAGAAUCAAAGCAAUUUGAUCAGAAUUAUAAAUCAUUACUUUUAAAUCGUAAUCCUGGGCUGAACGAGUAUGCUGGAGUAAAGAUAGAAACGAAUGAUCCAAACUCUUAUAUGCUCAAUCAAAAAAUUGAUGAAAAUUUAAUGAAAAUGCUAAGUCCCCAGCUCAAAACUAAAGAAUCUUUAAGAUACAACUCUAAAAAUAGUCAAAAUUCUUCUACAAUGGACCAAAUGAAAUUUAAUUAUCAAAUUGACCCUAACUAUCAACGAUUCACUGCCAGUAACAGCGAGAAUCUCAAGAGUCUAUCACAAACUCACGUUUCUUCACCUCCUCCUUACUAUACUAAUGGUGUUAAGAGGCUCAACUCUGGAUGUAGCUAUCCAAUAGAUACCUAUGAACGCACUCCUGAUAUUAACUUUACUUCCAAUAAUCAUCUUGCUCAUCAGAUAGCACGAGCUUCCAUGGAUUCUAAUGUCUUCAAUCAAAUUAUGUUGAAACAGCAACAGCAACUCCAUAGGAUCCCGCUUGCUCCAGAUGUACUUUUAAACGCAAGAUUAAUGCGAGGAAUUGGCACUGGAGCAGCUGGAAAUGUUUUUUCAGCAGUUCCACUUUCUUCUUUGCAUUCCGUUUCUGUUUUAACUGGAGCUUUUGGGCCUCGUGUUAAUGUAAAAUCUUCAAGACGUGCUGGACCUUCUUCGGUAUUACAUUUGAGGCUGGAGCAGACUUUUGACCAAUUUAAACAACUAGAAAAAGAAAGAAAAAAAUGUGAAGCAGGUUUAGCAGCUCAUUUUCCCGGUAAACGUGUCACCAGUGCUAAUAAUAUUCCUAUCCCGAGGCUUCAAGGGAAUCCCUCGCGUGCUGAUAGGCUUAUUAUUGAUCAUUUGAGAGAGCAUGCUCGUGUAAUAACUCUUAUUGCUAAGAUGGAACAUCUCAGAGGAGUCAAUAUGAGUGAGAGAGUUCACAAAGCAAUGGAAAUUUGGUUGGAAUCUAUUAAAUUUGUGCAGGAGUGUAGAAAAAAGGAAAUUACUCAUGCUUCGAAACGACAAAAAGAAAACCCUCAUUGCACUUCUAUUCAUGAUGACAAAGAUAUUCUGGUGCUGGCAAACAGUAUUCGCGAACUGACAAAAGCCUCACGUCUCGCAAGGACAGCUAUGUUUAAUGCCAUGCAAGCGACGCUACUUCAUGACAAAGAUUUUGAGAAAAAAAUAAUUGACACUUCAAAAGAUGUUGCGUUACUUCUAGUCGACAAAGAAGAAGACAUAGAAUCAUCAAACGUUGCUGACAACACCGAAAAUAACUUAGGUAACUGUUCAACAACAUCGACAUCAAUACUAGCAAGUAAUAUUAAUAAUAAUAGUACUUAGCAAAAUUCCUUUUUAAUCUGCGCACCAAUGAUUAAUCGACAAACAAAUGUCAGCUCAAUCUACUCACCGUUGCGUCCACUCUGGGAACAGUAAUGUUCAAGCUUAAAAAUACUUUUAACGUAAAGUAAAAAAUACUAGUUCACUUAAAGAAUCUUUAAAAAUUAAUUGUUUCUCUUUUUAGUCUAUAAUACCUCAAAACGAGUAUUAGUUGGUGCUAUAAGCAAGCAUCCGACUCGCGAAGAUGCACAAAGUAAUCUUCCAAUCAAUAAUAAAUAGGUACAUAAUUGGAGGAAAAUGUCUUUUAUUAAAAAAAAAAUAACCACUUACCAGAAAUCUGGAAAAAUUUAUCGAAAGUAAACUGUUGUCUGAAAUUGAUUAAUAGAGAUUUAGAAUGAAAAGUUAUUGAUAGCUGAGAGCUUCUUUAGUAAAAGAAGACAAAAAAUAUUAUUAAAUAUACCAAGCCGGUGUGUUUUCGUACUUGUCUUGUGAUCUUCCUAGAGAAAAGCUGCUACUUAGUCAAGGUGGAGAGAAUAUGAAUAUAUGUUGCGUUAUUAUUAUGAGUGCAAUCACAUUGACUGAAGAAUUUUAGGCACUAUUAAGUUUUAUUUGUUUAGAAUAGUUGAGUGUGGCCUUCCUCAUUACCACUUGCGUGCGUGUGAGUGUCAUCAAAACUUAGAUAAUUAGAUUUUCAGACAGAAAUCGUAUUGAUGAAUGCUGGGAGAAGCGGUGAUAAAUUGAUGGGGAGGAAAAAAAGAGAGGAAGCAAUUAAAUGGAGGAGGAAACGUACCUAUCCAUCCAAUUUUCAUAAAGUAAUAACUAUUAAAUGUUAAUGUUAGUAUUUCGGAGCAAUUAAAAACGGGCUGUCCAUCCCGCAUAUACCCAUUUUUUUCGUAAGCCUCUGACAUUGAUAAGAGGGAGGAGAGAGAAGUGUUGUCCUGGUAGAUUUUAUAAUGGAUUUUCAGAUAAUUGAAAAUAUUCUAAAACACAUGAGAUGUUUGCGACCAAAAGGCCCUUCUUACGUCCAUCGCAGUCUAUGUCUUGAUGUGUGUAGAUCUGGAUAAUUCUCAAGAAUAAUAGUGUCAUAAUGUCACCGUUGUGUUUUUCUCUCUCUUAUCCGAGUUUUGUUGCUGUUUUGAGUACAUUGAAUAGACUCAUAUAUUUAAUAGCGUUAAAUAUACUACGGGCUUUCAUAACGAAUUUCGUAUGUUGAAUUAAAAGAUUCGAAAAAUCUCCCAAGACACGCUACGUUCUUGCUUUAUAAUAUUUUUCAAUGUAAUUUCUAGCUUAGAGUCAUUACAAAUAAUAACUAUUUAUUUAUUCAACAUACCAUUAUUUAUCAAUUAAAAAUUCAGAGUAGCAUUCUCUCUCUGCUUUAUUUUAAUGUUUUUCGGGCACAUACACGAUACUUGAAAAAAUAUUCACUACAACUGUGAUAAUUUCCAAUGCCAACUACUGAAUAGGAGCCUAAAUAAAUCAUCGAAUGUCAAAUGGAACAAAAAAUAACAAUAGCUAUUGAGUCUAAUUUUAAAUUGAAUUCAUGGUUGAUAAUCAAAUUGACAACUUGUCGAAUUCGAUAAUUAGAAAUUGUUACUGUACUUAACUAUUAAUCAACAAUUUUUCUUCUGAAAAUGUCGCUAGAUUUUCAUAACAAUGCUUUUAAUAGCUAUUCUAGUGCAGUUUUCGAGAAUUUGUGUACAAAUCAGUAAAUGAAUAACGUGCACGAGUUAGUCUAUAGACAUGCUAGUAAAAAAUACUCGCGUACAGUUUUAGAAGUUAAUAAUUUAACAAAAAACAAAAUGUUAUAACAAAUCAUAACGACAAUUAAUAAUUAUUGCUAUUAUUUAAUCAUGAGAGAAAGGAAGAAAUGUUAGAUUUUGAAUACAAUUAUUUAUAUAUUAGAAACUUAAUUUUAGUGAGGGAAAAGUGUUGAUACGUGUCCGACAAUCCUACUAUUAAAUUGCAUGUGAUAUUUAUGUGUAUAUCAUAUAUGAAAUGUAAUAGAUUUUACUGUCCCACUAUAAUAAUCACGAAACAAGAGGAAAGAAAAUGAAAAAAAAAAUUAUUACAAGCGAUAAAGUGACAGAACUUUAAUGAUUAAUUAGUUCAUCAACGAAAACAAAUACAUCUGACAAAAAAGUAUAUAAUAAAGUAAACGAACCAAUAAUGUCAAUGCGAAUAUUAAUUAAAUAAAGAACAAAUAAUUUCAACUAAGCUGCAUAUCUGAUGAUAGCUGAAACUAUUUAAUCUAGUGGUUGUUAAAGAAAUAAUAAAUCUUGUAUCGUGUUGAGGGUGCAAUUUAUUCUUUCUUAUUUUAAUAAUAAUCCAAUGGCGCUAAACAAUGAAAAAUAGUACUGAUAUCUAAUAUUUAAAAGAAAAACUCAUAAAUGAAGCUUUUACUAAAUUUUAACUAAAUUUUCAAUAAUAUUGGAAAUUAAAAAAAAAAAUAGAUUAAAACAAAUUUCUAACCAGAAUAAUAUGGUCUAACCAUCAGCUUAAUUUAUUCUUUAAAAUUCUAGGCCUUUUUCAUGCUUUUCUACAAAUUUUAUAAAGUUCUAGAGAUUCACAAAUGACUUCCUAUAUAAAAUCAAGUCCUGUAGAUAUUAAAGAUGCUUUUUUACAUUUUUCUAGUGGACUUUGAAUCAACUUUAAAUAAUGCAUUGAUAGUUUCAUCGUCUUCUAUAUAUAAUCUUGAUUUAUUUAUCUAAUAAACAAUAGAUGAGCUAGAAUGGUUAGAAUUAAGUUUUUUAUAUUUCGACUUAUCAAAAAAAUAUUGCAAAACUGAAAUUUACUCUUGAUAAUUGUCAGUUAUGUAGUAACUAAUGUUUGUAAACUCGUAAUGUACAUAUCGAUCGAGAAAUUUCAAUUAAAAACUAUUUUGAAUUAUUCUUAUUGCGAUUUAAAAAGAAAUUAGUAAAGAUGAUUAAUUUGUGACAUUAUGAUCGUUGUCUUUUUCGUGUGUGUGAUUUUCGUAUCAAGAAUAUUUAUAAAAGUAGAAAUCACAAAAAAUUUGAACGAUUAGGUAACAAAAAUUAUUGAAAAAUGUACUUGUUUUCUUAUUCUUGAUGACUUUUUUAAGCUUCCACGUAGUUGCAACUUUAUAGAUGGCUCAAUGUGAAAUUUCAAAGUCUGGUAUUUAUGAAUAGCUAUAUUACCGUUGAAUAUAACAAUAAUAUUAUUAGUAACAAUGAAAAAACUAAAUACCAAUAAUAAAUAUUCAGUGACUAUCAUAUAAAGAAAUAAUGAGAAAUAAACAAAACAUAUGAAAUAGAAAAAUAUUCAGAAAAGUUUUAGAUUAAUGUAGACUGGGUUUUUAAUAUAUCGUAGUCUGAGGUAAGAAGCACGUGUAAGUCGUUAAAAAAGAACCAUAUAAAAAAUGACUUAUAUUGAUAAAUAAUUGAUAAUUUUGUUACUUUUAAAUACUUUAUGUCGAUUAAUCAGUGAUGAAUGAUCAAUAAUUCAUGUUAAUAGAUGAUUUGAUAAUUAAUUAAUCAUUAAACAAAUGCACGAUUUAUGAUUUUUCAAAUUUUCAGACCAAUAAUCAAAUAAUUGUUGAUAAUUAUAAUAAAAAUUUAACUUUUUUAUGUAAAAAUUGGACAAAUUGCAGCGAGAAUUGAAUCAUUAUUAUUAAUUAAUUAACGGAAUAACUACAAAGGUUAAUUAUUGAUAUUUAAUAUAAACUAAGAUUGAAAACCCCAAGGAGGAUUUUUAAUUCUAAAUCUAUUGUUGUUUAAGAUGCCAAUAAUUCUGUUUAAUGAAAAGUAACAAAAGUAUGACGCUUUGCAUUUUAUCAAAUACAUUUUAUACAGGAAUGACAGUAAUAUACUUAGACUGAUUAAAUUUUAGCUAAAAAAUUUUUCUAAAUUCAUAACGGAAAACUACUAAUGUGAAUACGUUAAUUAAUUGUAUAUAAAGUUCUUUUAAAAUUAUUAUCAAAUGUUUAAAAAUUUUUGAUUUGAUUCUUAGUGUUGGUAUCGAUUUGAUUAAAUUAAUCGAUAAUUUUUCCAACGUAUUUUUUUAGUUAUGUUAAUUUAUUAUAAACUAAAAAAUCCUCAUUGAAAUUUACUAUAAAACAAUUUUUACUGCUCGUAUUAAAUAAACAAACAAGCCUGUUUUUUAUGAAAGUAGACAAUCUAGGUGUGAACUUAUAAUAUUAAUAUGUAGACUGCAUUAUUUUUUUUUUUUUGAAUUUCUAAUUUUGUAUUGAAUAUGUAAAGAU